CCUGAACCUGAGAGAUCCUGCCGCCCGUCUGACCAAUAAGGCUGCUCUUCUGGAAAGAGAAGCUUCUUUUUAGCUCUUUCUCACUUAAACAAGACAAACCUGGAAGCACAAAAACAGGAGAGAGCUUUUGGAUAAACAGUGCACUUGAAGGAUGCAGGACGGGAGUUGGAAUCAGCCACUCCCCAUCUCUCUGCUGCAGAAGGACCCGGCAGCAGGCGGGACUUUGGAGGGCGACGGAGGUGUGUUUUCGGAGGCCUCCUCUGAUGGAGAGCUCUACCUGGACUCGGCGCCAGAGCUGGAUUCUGGAGAUGGAGACUUUGCAGAUCUUACUGCCUUCUUGAGCGCGGAUGAGAUUAACCGUAGCCUGGACCUGGCCCGGGAGGCCUUUGGUGACAAAUGUGAAUCUGGAGACCCAAGACCCUCUAAUCCUUCCCAACCGGAGCAGGCUCUCCAAUCCGUCCCCUCCCUUCCUGUGCCCCCCCAGACUACUGAAAACCUCAACACGAGCCCAAACCUACACCACCAGACCAAAGCCCCCUGCCCGGAUGACAAUGCAGCAGUCAAAGUGUCCAGUGAGGCUCCGUCCUCUGAGAAAGUCGUCCGUCACAAACCCUUACAGCCGGUGUAUAAGCAGGACAAACCCAGGCUACUUCACGAAGGCCUGGAGCUGAACGACCGGGUGGCUUCAGCCACAGAGUUCUGCAGCCGAGCGGCCACGUUUAUUGAGGAGCUGUCAUCCAUCUUCAAAGGUGCAGCUCACUUGGAGCAGCAGGUGGAGGAGGAUUCUUCAUCUCCUGAUAGCGGUUAUCUGUCUCCCAGAAGCCAGCGGCCGGUCCCUCAGGGCUCAGCCUCUGCUCCCUCUCUGCCUCCCAGCCAGCAGGAGGAAGCUCAGUAUAGCCAGCCGGAGACGGGCCCUCAGCCUGGAGGUCCGGUGGGAGUCGCAGCUUCAGUGAGGUACCAACACUCUGGAGCUCCAACAGCAGCAGGACCCCUGUCACCUCCUCGCUUCCUCCAGAAGCUGAAGAGUCAGGAGGUAGCAGAGGGAACCCCCAUCCGACUGGAAUGUAGAGUGAGAGGAAACCCACUGCCUCUGGUCAGGUGGUUCUGUGAAGGCCGUGAGCUGCACAACUCUCCUGACAUCCAGAUCUGGAGGGAUGGUGACCUGCACACGCUGGUGAUCGCUGAAGCCUUUGAGGAAGACACUGGACGUUACACCUGCGUGGCCUCCAACAGCCUUGGAGCAGACAACACCUCUGCUGAGGUUUACAUUGAAGGGGCUUCGUCCUCAGACUCAGAAGGAGAAGGAGCAAAGUCUAGAUCAGGAACCAUGCCUCAAGUGCAGAAGAAGACUACUUCAAUGUCCCUAACGAUACGCUCAUCGUCACCCAAAACCCCCGAGGUGCUUCCUCACCGCUCCACCUUGGUCCAGUCCUUGUCUCAGCCCCCACAGCGGAUGCAGAGCCCGGUGUCUUCGCUGUAUGGUGGUGAGGUGUCCGGGCCUCCUCUAUUCACUAAGCUGUUGCAGGACGCCCAGGCGUCUGAGGGACAGGUGGUGGUUCUGGAGUGCAGAGUCCGCGGAGGUCCUCCUCUGCAGGUCCGAUGGUACCACCAGGGAAACGAGAUCCUGGACUCCCCCGACUUUCGUAUUCUGCAGAAAAAGCCUCGUUCAGCAGCUGAGUCAGAGGAGAUCUGCACCCUGGUGAUAGCCGAGGCCUUUCCAGAGGACGGAGGUCUGUUCAGCUGCACAGCGUCCAACCCGUACGGCUCAGUUAACAGCACGGCUCAACUCAGCGUCACUCCAGCCGAGGACUCGUCCAGUAAUGGUAUGUCUGGUGACAGCUCAGGGUUUGAGGAUGCAGCGGCCUUCCCUCCUCCUCCCCCACCCAACGAGAUCAGCCUCCUGGAGCUGCCACCCAAGACGCAGCCCGGCACCGAGGCUUUCCACGUCAAGGAGCUGGAGAUCUGGCCCAGCGUGUCAGCUCUGCCUCCAGUGCAGAUGAGCUCGGAGAAUGGCCAACCUCCGAAUCCACCAUCACCUCCAAGUCUGCCGAAAGAGACCCCACUUCCACCCCCGCCUCCACCUCCACCUCUGCCACAGUUUGACCUCACGGCAGAUGUCGCAGCUCCAAGUCCAGGCUCACCUCCAACUCCGGGCAAGCUGUCUCCAUCCCCUGGAAGUAAUGGUCCUCCACUGCCUACCAAACCCAAACCAAAGCUAAACGCGUCUCAGCUGAAGCAGCUGCAGGACCAGAUUCUGUUGGAGCAGCAGGAAGCAGCCAACUGGCAGCAGCAGCAGGAGCAACAGAACCAGGAAGUCCCGCCUCCACCUCAGCAACCACUUCAGGAAGCACCUCCACCUGCUCCACCAUCUCCGCCUCUCCCCCCUCCUCCCUCCUUCCAGGAGCUGGAGAGCAGCGCAGCCAUGCAGGCCAGCACCUUCAACUACGCCCGGCCCAAGCAGUUCAUCGCUGCUCAGAGCCCCACCACGGCGGGCUACGUCACCCAGUCCUCCUCCGGGUCCAGCCUGUCCUCCCCCCUGUCUCCCCCCACCUCACACAAGCCCUUCAGCCGGGUCACCGUGCCUCCCUUCACCAAGGCUGGCAGUGUUGAGUCCCCGAGCUCCCCUUCCUUCCCGCCUCCCCCUCCGCCCUUCCUGAGCUCCAGCAACCUGUCCUCUCCAUCAGGCCCUGCCCAAGACUUCCCUCCUCCUCCGCCUCCUCCUCCUCCACCCGUCUCCAUGUCUCCGGCCCACUCGGACAUGUCCUCCCCGUUCUCCUCCGUCCCUCCGUCUCCAGCCUCCAGCUUCCUGUCCUCGGUGUUACCCUCCACACCUUCCACACCCAGCAGCCCUACAAUCAACGCCCUCGGCCUUCCUAAAGGCAACGGCACUGUCAAAGCGUUCCCAAGGAAGUCCUCAGUCACCAAGACGCCUCGCAUCGCCUCUGACUCGGACAUCCAGGGAUCCAAGGACGCCGUCAUCCAGGAUUUGGAGAGAAAACUGCGCUUUAAAGAGGAACGCAUAAGCAAUGGCCAACAGAGGUUAACCUAUGAGGAGAAGAUGGCUCGCAGACUGCUGGGUGCUGACAACGCUGCCACAGUCUUAAACACACAGGACACAGAGGAGGAGCCAGUCACACAGGAAGACAAGUCAUCCGAAUUUUCCCCUCUAAAGGAAUACAAAGUGUCCAGCUUUGAGCAGCGUCUGAUCAGCGAGAUUGAGUUUCGUCUGGAGCGUUCUCCGGUGGAGGAGUCAGACGACGACGUUCAGCACGACGAGGACUCGGCCGGCCGGGGGGUGGCGCCGUCCUUCGACCAGAAGCUCAAACACUACAAAGUCUUCGAAGGCAUGCCAGUCACCUUCUCCUGCAAGGUCAACGGAGACCCCAAACCAAAGGUCUACUGGUUUAAAGAUGGCAAGCAGAUCUCCAAGAGGAGCGAACACUACCGGAUCAGCCGAGACCCGGAUGGAACCUGCUCUCUGCACACCGCUGCAGCCUCACUGGAUGACGACGGCAACUACACCAUCUUGGCAGGAAACCCUGAGGGCAGAGUGAGCUGCACUGGCAGGAUGAUGGUCCAGGCGGUGAACCAGCGAGGACGAAGCCAACGCUCGGCGCCUGGACACAUGCGCAGGCCCAGGUCCAGGUCCAGAGACAGCGGUGAUGAGAACGAUAACAUCCAGGAGCGUCACUUCCGCCCUCACUUCCUACAGGCGCCCGGUGACCUCAUCGUUCAGGAGGGCCGACUGUGCCGGAUGGACUGCAAGGUGAGCGGCCUGCCCACCCCUGACCUCAUCUGGCAGCUGAACGGUCAGACCAUCCGCCCCGACUCUGCCCACAAAAUGCUGGUGAGGGAAAACGGCGUGCACUCUUUGGUCAUCGAGCCCGUGACCAGCCGCGACGCAGGCAUCUACACUUGCAUCGCCAGCAACAGAGCCGGCCAGAACUCCUUCAACCUGGAGCUCAUCGUUGCAGCCAAAGAGAUGCACAAGGCCCCGUCGUUCGUGGAGAAGCUGCAGAACACAAGCGUUGCAGAGGGUCACCCAGUGCGACUGGAGUGUCGCGUCACAGGGGUUCCCUACCCGCAAAUCUUCUGGAAGAGGGAGAACGAGUCAUUCACUCACAACACAGACAGAAUCAGCAUGCACCAGGACAACUGCGGCUACUUGUGUAUGAUCAUCCAGCCAGCGAUGAAAGAAGACGCCGGCUGGUACACCGUGUCCGCCAAGAACGAAGCCGGCAUCGUCUCCAGCACCGCACGGCUCGAUGUUAACACUCAGUGGCAGCAGCCCAACCUCCCCAAGCCCAAAAAGGUGCGUCCCUCCACCAGCCGCUACGCCGCACUGACAGAAAGAGGGCUGGACGUGAAGGCGGCCUUCUUCCCCGACUCCAGCCCACUGCAGCCCGGCGGCCUGGUGGAAAGCGACGACCUGUAGAGAAGCGCAGGGAGGAGCGAGCAUCGCCCCAGAAAACCCUGAAAGCUGCCCUAAAUUGCUCCUAAGACACAUACUUCCAGCGAGGAGGGGCAGAGUUAAAUAUUGUCCACUACCACUGAACUGAACUGCAGACACAGAAGCAAAGCGUUGGUGGGCAGAGUGAAACGGUGCAGCCUAUGUUUUUAUAGAAUGACACAACCCCAUUGUAGUACAGAAUUCAUCACCCCGAGUAUCUUUCUAACUUUAUCAACUGGACCUGGAAAAUGAUUGAAGCGUUUACCACAAGAAAAGACUGCUCACAAACUGUACAGUCGACAUUAAAGUGCCUCUCAUUUCUGUAAAGAUACAAAACCGGUAUUAAAAAAAAAUGAAUGAAACACAGGAUUACUAUGCAUGUUCAAGUGGUGCCAUUUGCAGACUAAUACAGUUUUUAUAAGUAGCACUCUCACCAGCUUUGUGAAGAGACUGAUUCAAAGCAUCGCCGCUUUGACGAAGGAGAUCACAGACUUUUAUUACGUGGGCUUGUGUAGCACAGUAUCUGAUUGUAGUUAGAGUAUCAUAGUCUCAGUGUUGUCAGGUUGUAGGUUAGCUUAGAGAUAAUGGACAAGGCCGGGCCUUACAAACUGUAUUUUUUAUCUUAGCAGAAGAAAUGAGGUUUAGUGAAAAGAAGAGUUGUGUUAGUGAAGGUUGGAUCUAACAAGAGGGGACGACGAGAGAAAAAGCAGGUUGAUAGAUGGCGAUGCGGUGAAGACUGACUGACUGUCAAAUGGAAAAUAAGAUUAGUGACGUCGGGUCAUUUUGGUGAUUUUCUUUUUUUUCUUCUCUUCUUCUUUGGCGGUUUAUUUUUAGAAGUGUGAAUUGAAACACUCAAGAGAGGGUGCUGUGAAAGGUUUCAGUGUAUUUGUCACACACAUCACAGAUUGUCCAUUUUAUUUUUGUAUGAAAAAAAACAGACUAUUUACUUUCCCAGCAAUCCUGACAUAAAUUAUAUCAGCAAACCUUCUGCUCACUGAUAAAACAAUCCUGUCUGUAUCAUGAAGUUUUAUAAAUAUAUUUACUGCCUUAAAUCACUUAAUGCAAACACGAUUUCUUUGCAUGGUAUUUUUGGACACUUGUAUAGUGCCAAACAGCUUUUACCAGGAUGUAUAAAAACACAACUUUUUUUUUUCUUUUCCAGUAUUCAGGGGUAGUAAACACUCUAACAUGAAAAACAAAAUGAAAUGCAAGGUAUAUUUAUAUCUACUAUUUUUAUGUGUCCUCUGUAAUACUUUACAAAGUGAAGAGCUUUUUUCUGUGUCUGUUCGGAGCUUGCAUCAGCUGACAGUUACUGUGUUUGCACAUUUCUAUGCCAAUCAAUGCCUGUAUAUGGAUUGUUCUCCUGAUAUUAUUUUAGGUUAUGAAAGUUAAUAAAAAUCAAACUCUUCAGA